UCUGAAGUUCUCGUUUUUUUGGACUUGAAUCUUAUGCUAUGAAUUAAAUUUUAAGUGCAUUGGAACGCACGGUUAGGGUCAGGUUCUUACGGUUAGGCUCGUUCCAGUGAGUUAGGAUUAGGUUAUUAGGUUUGUUUAUUCUUCCAGCUGUUAUGACCAGGACUUGAACGGUGCUUCCCUUUAGACUCUUGAGGAUUGCUGCUCUGCUAGUGGGUUCGAUUUCGGCUCGAAGCAACAGAUUGACCCGGCCGUCUAAGCAAAAUUCAAGAUGGCGGCGAAACAUGACUACGCGAUUGGCAUCGACUUGGGCACGAGCAAUUCGUGCGUGGGGGUCGUCAGGAACGGGCGCGUGGAGAUCAUAGUAAACGAACAUGGCGAUCGCCUCACGCCGUCGUUUGUGGCGUUCACUGAAGAUGAACGACUAAUUGGUGAGUCGGCCAAGCUUCAGCGCACCAUGAAUCCUGCUAACACAGUAUACGAAGUAAAGAGACUCAUCGGACGCAAGUUCAGCGAUGAAGCAGUGCAGAAAAAACUCCCCCAUUUGCCUUACCGCGUCGUCGACGAUAGCGGCAACCCCAAAAUCUGCGUUAGGUAUCGUGCAACGGAGAAGAUUUUCACCCCGGAAGAGAUUUCUGCUAUGGUGCUGGCCAAAAUUAAGGAGACCGCCGAGACUUUCCUUGGAUGUGAAGUGAGAAGAGCGGUUAUUACGGUGCCUGCAUACUUCGCUGACUCACAACGACAAGCUACCAUCGAUGCUGGUACCAUUGCGGGUCUCCAGGUACUGAAAAUCAUCAACGAGCCAACCGCUGCCGCCAUUGCGUACGGAGAAGACACAAACGUAACCGAGGAGACCAACAUUCUGAUCUUUGACUUCGGCGGCGGGACUUUCGAUGUGGCGUUCUUGACAAUGAAGAAAGGACACUACGAUGUGAAAUCUAUUGAAGGAAAUAGCCAGCUUGGUGGAAGGGACUUGGACUCUCGAAUAGUCCGUUACUUGAUCGGGGAAUUCAUGAAGAAAACCGGGCUGGAUGUGACUCAGGAUCCGAAGGCUCUAGCGAAGAUCACGAGAGCUGCUGAAAAUACCAAGAUAAAUUUGUCGUGUCAAAUGAAAGACCAUGUUAAAAUAGAGAGCUUGUGUCAAGGAAAAGAUAUGGACUUGGUUUUCAGUCGCAACAGGUUCGAGUUGCUGUGUGCUGAUAUUUUCGAUAAAACUAUGCAGUGUGUGGACACCGCGAUCUCCAAUUCUGGUGUGACAUCUGACAAAAUCAACGAGGUAGUCCUAGUCGGUGGCUCCGCUUGGAUCCCCAAGCUAAGGAAAAUGCUCGAAGAAAAAUUUCCAGGAAAGGAAAUUAAAAGGACGAUUAAUCCAGCGGAAGCUGUUGCCUACGGAGCUGCUAUUCAGGCAGCCAUGCUUAACAACGACCGGAGUGUUGAAGACAUUCAGCUGACAGACGUUACCCCACUGUCGCUUGGUGUUCAGUUGACUGGAAACGUAAUGAGCACCAUCAUCAAACGAAACACUAAAAUACCUGCGUCGUAUAGAAGAAAUUACACGACUAUCUGUGAUUUUCAAAAAGGCAUUCGUUUCUCAGUCUACGAAGGUGAAAACAACAUAGCCACACAAAAUAAUUUGUUAGGAGUUUUCGCAGCUGAAGGGAUUGAAAUAGCCCCCGCUGGUGUCCCUAGCGUUGACGUAACUUUUUCGCUUGACGAAAACUGUAUUUUGAACGUGACCGCCGUGGACCAAACGACAGGAGGCGGAGGCCACAUGGCCGUCUCUCUGGAUAAAGGGCGUCUCAAGCGUGAGGCCAUCGAGGACAUGGAGCGCCGAAAUCGUGCUUUGACGAACGCGUCCACCAACUUGAAGGAUACGAUCAUUAAGAAGAAAAAUCUUAUUGAAAGGAAAAUGAGCCUCAAGAAAAUAUCGCAAAAAGGCUACGAAAAAAUGAAAAGAAUUUGCGAAGAGGCCGAAUUUUGGUUGGAGGCCCAUACCGACGCAACCAAAGCGGAGUAUGACGCUAAGGAACAGCAGUUCAACGAGACCUUCUCUGAGCUCCUGGAGGAUCAUGGCUACUGAGCUCCAGCUUGUUACGUGGCGACAGUUGUGAAGUUCACUAAACUGACGUCAAUUUUUCACUCUUAUUAAACGCUGACGUAUGAUUCUACAUUUUUUUCUAUAUUCUGAUUUAUGAGAAGUUUAGUUUACCUUUCAAAAAUUGAAAUGUGGGUGUUCGUGACUGUGUAGGCAUUGAACAAUAUUGAUUGGAAAAUUUUUGUAACAGCAUGUCAUUCUGAAUGUAGCGCUUAAUUUUCUUUAAAACGGUUGGUGCAUGGACGGAACUUUGCAAGAAUUGAUCAUGUAAAUGAGUGAUUGAAAAUUAUUUCACAUGAAUCCGUGAAAACUUGUAGAAUGCCCGUCCUUUGUUUUUUUGAAUUUCUUCAUCAUAAAGUGUUAUUAUUGAUAAUGCGCAAAUAUAUGUACCUUUCAGAUGUAACGAAUAAUUCUCUACUAAAAGUCAGUCUGAUUCGAAUUAUAGUAGACAAUUAUAAUUAUUCAAUCUAUUUUUGAUAACAGUUGAUUUUGAC